AUGAAGUACAGAGUCAACUUGCAUCUGGUGUCGUUGAAAUCGAAGAAAACACUGCCUGAUAUUUUAUAUUUAUCGAUUGAAAGCCCAUUUACCGACUAUGGAAAUACAAAAUCUUUCAAGAACAAAUCCGCGAGCGACCUUCAACUACCUCCUACGACGCUUGAAAUCCCAGACCAUGUGGUGGAAUUGACCCUAACUCUCUUUGAGCAGAAAAAGCUCGUGAAAGAUAAGGAGCUUUGCCGUUUCAAAUUGCCGCUGGCGAGUCCCGCUGCGAGUUUGGCUCCCACUGCGCUCACGCUCAGCUCAGCUGAGUUCACCCUCGAGUGCUCGAUUCUCGCUCAAAUUGUUGUUCAAAAAUCUGAGAGCAUGUCCAGUAUGGACAGCUGCGAGGAAAAAGUCAUCAAAGGAACCUCCUUCAACACCAAUCCUACGAAACCAGCACCAAAGCCACGUCAAAGAACCUCCACCAACUUCGACUCCAUCAUUCACAUCCGCCUAGAAACCAUUUCUUACAAUGGAGAGAAACAGCCAAAAUCUGCGACGCUCAAAAUUUCAAACGGAGAGAAUCAAACUGUGAAAACCAAAACAGUGAAGUUUCACGGACCCAUUGGAGAGAUUCGCACGGAUGUAGACAUCAAUCAUUACAAAGAAGACGGGGAUGAGUUGCUGAUGGUUUUGCUUGAUGGAAAGACGGUUUUGGCGAGAGGCUCGUUGAGUUUGACGGAAAUUCAGUCGGAUAAGGUGAACUCAAAGAAUAUUGACAUGAAGACUGCAUCGAUUCUUUCAGGAACUUGGGCAGGUUCUCUGACGAAAGUUGGCGAAUUGAAACUCGCAAUCUCAAAAACUGGCGCAAAGAAAUCUGAACAGGAGCAAUUUGAAAUCAUGAAAGAUUCACAGAAAACCGGGAAAUUGACGAUCAUGCUCAUUUGCGCGACGAAGCUCAAAACUUCGCGAGAUGUAAUUGCAUCAAUAAGAUUUGGAAAUGAACGGCUUGAGACAACUCCGAGCAAGGAUUCUGGCGGAGUGGCAAUUUGGGGCGAUCGAUUUGUCGUGGAUAUUUAUGAUCCUCACGAUCUCGUGGAAAUAUCGCUCAUCGACAGUCGAAAGAAGGAAUCUCUCGGCCAAUUAUUUCUCUCUCUUCACAAGCUCAAACCAAAAGUCUCUUACCACUACUACCUGAAAGAUGCCAAGGGAAGGCUGACUGACGGUACAUUGGAAUUCGAGAUCGACUUCAAAUUCAACCCUUUCAUUUCUGGUUUGAAAAUGUUUAUGCCGAAAAGAACGAAGAUUUGGGAGCAUCCAAAAGAGGAUGUGAGCUUGGUUAGAAUGGCGAAACUGGUCACUAGAAUCAAGUCUUUCAUCGUCACUCCUGAUAUGGAAGCAAUCAAACAAAACAUCGACGACAUCCUACACUGGAAGCGCCCUCUAGUGUCCGUCUCAACUUUGAUUGGCUGGUUGAUCUUCGUCAAUUGCUUCGAGCUUUGGAUGAUCCCAUUUGCUCUUGCUACUGCCCUGAUUUCGCAAAGAUUCGCGCACAAGAAAAGGUCUGAAGAGUCGGAUCUUCUUUCAAUCGACAAGAAAAAAUCCUCCGCUGCCAAGGACUUCAAGCUGCUUCAAGACUCAAAAGAUGCGCUGCGGAAUGCUCAAGAUACCCUGGAAGGAAUCGCAGAAGUACUCGAAAAGAUUCAAAACACUUGGAACUGGGAAAUCGGAUUUUCUAGCGCUACGCUUUCGACUGCUGUCUUCAUCAUAACCUUUGUUCUUUAUUUGAUCCCAAUCAGGAUUCUCCUCUCGAUUUGGGGAAUCAACAAGAUCUGCCGGCGGCUUGUUCAACCAGGCUUCAUCAACAACAACGAAAUCGCCGAUUUCCUCUCUCGACAGCCAUCUUCAAGACAAUUAGAGCUCAUUUCUAAUGAACCUGUCGAAGUCACUGCGCAAAAAUAA